AUGGACGAGAAAAAGGUCGACGAACUCCGAGCAAGUUCACCUAGGAGUGACCCCGAAGCUCUCUCCCCUCAUACGACCAUAGAGGAUGGCGAGACGAAGAAACUUACGUGGAAGGAAAGGGUCCUAAAGCCAGGGUCGGUAUGGCAAAUCAUCAUUGCUGCUGUCCUCGCCAUUGCUAUCGGUCUGGCGGUCUCAACAACUGUUGAUGAGGUGCCCGAAGCAGCAAUUGAGCUCAUCGCAAUUCCUGGUACUAUGUGGCUUAGAGCAUUGCGUGCUGUUGUCCUCCCCAUGAUAGUCACUGCGAUGAUACUUGCCAUCCAGAGACUUCGUGAGAUGUCCAAAGAUGGAAAGAGGCUCGCCCAAUGGACAGUUGGAUACUAUGUCAUCACAACUCUGAUUGCUGUCAUGCAUAGUUGCAUUUUGGUCGGUUUGGUUUGGUCUAAGCUCAUGGUGGUGGUAGGCGAAGAUGCCCUUAAAGUGAAGGAUGACGACCAGGAAACCAUCGAUGAAAGAAAGGACGUCGCGAUUCAUGACGUUGUCGUGGACAUGUUUCAUUCAUUUGUGCCUCAGAACAUUGUCAACGCCCUCGCGACCGACGCUCUUUUAGCUGUCCUCAUGACUUCCAUCGUCAUUGGCUACUGUAUUCGUGACGCCAAUUCGGCGCUUCUGAAGGCAGUCAUUGAAAUUGAGCAGAUCAUCAUGAGGGUCAUCACACAGCUCAUAUAUUGGGCGCCAGUCGGUGUUUUCCAUCUCAUUCUGCCCAAUCUAUUCCGCCUGGACAUCGCUGAGAUUGGCCGUAAUCUGGGCAUACUCAUUGGAGGAACUCUAGUCGGAAUGGUGCUUCACCUGUUUAUCAUUAUUCCUUUGAUAUUCUUCGUCAUCGUCCGGCAAAAUCCCUACACUUUCUGGCUAAAGAACUCACCAGCCUGGAUCACCGCAUGGGGAACAGCAUCAAGUGCUGCUACUCUUCCAGUCACCAUGCGAUGCGUGUUAGAGCGUGGCGUCCCUGUUACGAUCGCUAAGUUCUGUGUACCUCUCGGUUGUUUGAUAAACAUGGACGGAACCGCCAUCUACUUCCCCAUUGUGGUUGUUUUCCUCGCCGCCACACAAGGCAUAACCCUCAACGCCGCCAACUACAUCGUUGUUUGCUUGCUUUCGACCCUCGCCUCAAUUGGUACAACUCCGAUCCCGUCCUCAAGUUUGGUUCUCACCGUUAUGAUUGCUACUUCAGUCAAUGUGCCAAUCACCGGAAUGUACGCCGUCGUCGUCGCGAUCGAUUGGUUCCUGGAUCGCUUCAGGACGGCUGUCAACGUCAGCGCCGACACUUUCGCAGCCGUCAUCAUGCAGAAGAUCACGAAGAUCACCGAUGAUGAAGAUCAGGAUGGUACAGUCCAUUAUACAGAGUCACGAACGGCUAGCCACUCCGCUCAAGGCAACGUUGCAGACGGUCGAUUCUCAACAACGGAGCGAAGGCAAAGUCAUGAGGAGAUCAGGAGAAUUUGA